AGUUAGAAAUUUUAAAUUGAAAGUGAUAUAGACAUGACACCGCAACCACCGCCUCCACCGCCAGCACAGCAGCAGCCACCCCCGCCCAUGGGGCAGACAAUAGCCCCGAGUGGUGCAUUUCCAGGUUCACUCACGCCCGGCUGGAACGAUCCGCCGCCAGUGAGUGCAGACAGCGGCAAUCGGCGACCUCGGCUCGACCUGCGCAAACGCGUUGCAUACCCCAUGAACGGACCAGGCGAUGGCCAGCCCCAAUCAUCGCAGCCGCCGAUGCUCUGACCUGCGCUAGAGCUCUUCUAACUGAGAUUUCGUCGGCACGGCUGCCACGGCUGCCACGUCAGCUGUAGAUGCAAAACAAGCUUAUGAUUUUUACCCAUUUGUUUUAGCACCAGCAAUAAUUUACAUAGAUAGCAACAAAAUAUAUAUAUGUACAUAUAUGAUA